GAGGCUAAGCCUGCUCUGGUAGUAGCGGCUUUCUACCACUGCUCGCCAUUCGUCCAUCCAUACGAAAGCCGACCUACAUCAAAACUCAGCGAAUAUCGGCCUUUCGACAUGUCCAUCCUUACGCCACCUAGCUCUUCACCCGAAUGCGAUCCUCUCCCUGCGACUCAGCAUGUCCCUCACCUCGAUCUUGAUAAUGUCAAUAGCAUCCUCGGAGCCGUUCCUUUUCCUCGCUCUCCCACUUCGAUCACUUCUGCUCGUCAAGAAUCGCUUCAGGAGAAGCAAGGUCUAGAUCCUCUUGAUGGACUCGAAGAACGAGCCAUUCCGUGGCGAGGCGACCUGACACCCACAGAAAAGGUGCAGAGAAGAGAAUGGCUUAGUGCUGGACGAGGCAGAUCAGGGCUGAGAAUAGUCAUCGUGACGGAAAACUUCUUACCAAAAGUCGACGGCGUCACUCGGACCCUCGCCAGACUGCUUGAGCACCUCGAACGCGAGGGGCAUCAAUGUAUGCUUCUUGGUCCUGGAACAGGUAUGGAUUCGUACGCUGGCCAUCCGCUCGUCGGAACAGCUGGAAUCCCUCUGAUUGUCUAUCCCGGUCUCAAGCUCAACUUCCUGCGACCGAGAUUCUUGAACACUAUCAAGGCCUUCCAACCUGAUGUCGUCCAUUUCGUCGAUCCUAUCUGGCUGGGCGCUCAGACAUUGAUGGCUAUGGAGCUGGGGUGGGCAGGCAAAGAAUGGGUCAGCGAAGAAGGUCCCGCGUUAGGUGCGGGUAUCUCUGGUGGUAUCGUCGCCAGCUACCACACGAACCUUGCCACCUACGCUACACUGUUUGGCAUGCCUCGUCUGGAACCCGUCAUUUGGCGGUUUCAACGGUGGCUGUACUCCAACAAUCCCAGGACGCGACUGACGCUCUGUCCAUCUCCAUCCACUACUGCUAUGCUUCACUCUCAAUCCUUUGAUCAAGCCCGGCUAUGGCCAAGAGGAGUCGAUCUCGCUCAAUUCUCACCAUGUAAUCGAUCCAGAGCCCUUCGAGCAAGUUGGGGAGUGUCGGAUCCGCCUCGCGCGACCUUUGCCCUACCGAAGUCACAGCUGGCAGAAAUGGACAACGUGGCGGCGGCAGCGACCUUCGGUGUCCAUCAUCAAGGUCGUAAAGUCAGUUUACCCCUUACUCCACCCGAAAGUCCAGCUGUGAUCCCGGCGGACUUAGACGUCCUGCCGAAAGAUUCAGUGUUCAAACCUGAAGAGCUGGGUUCUCCAGAUCCUAAGUCUCUAAAAUCUCGAGUCGUCCUACUCUAUGUGGGCAGAGUAUCAUGGGAGAAAAACCUCAAUCUCCUGCUUUCCGCUUGCGCUCACCUGCCAUCUCUUCUGCCGCCUGGCGCUCUCUUGCCGAAACUCGUCUUUGUCGGCGAUGGACCGGCCAGAGCGGACAUCCAGGCCUUGUGCCAGAAAGAAGGAUACGAUGCGUCGUUCAUGGGCUUCAGAGCCGGCAAAGAACUGGCUGAAUGCUACGCUAGUGCAGAUGUUUUCGCCUUCCCGAGCUUCACAGAGACUUUCGGUCAAGUGGUUUUGGAGUCCAUGGCUUCUGGCUUGCCCGUCAUUGGCCUAGACGCAGAAGGUACAAGGGAUCUCGUAUCUCACAAUUCGACCGGUCUUCUCUUACGUCUUCCACCUGGCGCCUCAAAUUGGCCCGAGGCUCUGAAAUCAACUCAGAGCUCUAGUUUUGGAGCGUCCGCACGAUCAUAUGCUGAUCUCCUCGCGGAGAUCGUCAAGGAUCACGCGAAGAGGGUAGAAAUGGGUGAAAGAGCAAGCACGAAGGGGAUCGAAGGGUACACCUGGUGGGAUGCCAUGGAGAAAUGCGUGGACGGAUAUCGAGAAUCGCUACGCAUGUCACUCUCUCGACCUGAGGUGCUGGAGUCUCCCGCUUCGCCAAAGAUAUCUCGGGUCAACCGCGUAGUGUCCAUGCGUCUGGCGCACAAGGACGCCAAGAACAUCGAAGGCGCUUUACAUCUGAAGAAUCUCCUCAAGAUCGUCAUGGUCCUCUGCCUCUUCUAUGCCGUCUACGCCCAGAGCCACAGCAGGAAUUAGAUCGACUGAGUAUAUCACCUUAGAGUGCGCAGAUGGUACACGGAUAGUCUGCGUUAUCUUGUAUCACCACAAUUGUCAAAUCUUGUUAGAUCCCAUGCCUCUAUCCACAGCGGAUAUACAAUGUUAUGCUUUGUGCUCUCA